AACUGCGGCGCUGCACGUCAACCACGGCUCCAGCACUUGUUUCGUCCGCACGCAUUGUACCCACCGCAGGAAAGUCCGCCGCAAGCAGAUCCGCCGCCCACGACGACCGAGAUUUGUUCCGCGCACCAAUUGGUAGACCUCCGCUUCUGCCUCCCCCGCCCCCUAACCGAUUCGGUUCCCGUAAUUUAUUGGAGUUUGCAGGUACGAAAUAGUCCUCAAUGUCUCGUCGUAGCGGGUACACCGGCGAGGGUGGGGAUUCGAUCAUGUCGUGGCCACGUUCUACUUCUCCUACCUCGUCGGAAGUGCAGUUAGCCAGGCAAGCCGAUGAUCCAUGGUACAUUGCAUACCAAGAUGAAUCAACCCAGUGGUGUAGCCAGAGGAUGGAUUUGGAGGAGAAGGUGGCCAAUUUAGGUGAUGAAUUGGCCCGUAAAAACCUGAUGAUAUUCGAGCUGAAGCGUAUUGUGGAUGAAGAAAAGAAGAAUUCAGAGCUUAUUCGCAAGGAGAAGUUGAGAGUUGAGACAGAUCUUGCCGUAUUUGAUCAAGUGGUAGAAAAUCUAGAACAUGAACUAAAAGUGAUGGGAGAGGAGAAAAGUAGAUUCAUCUGUGCAGUUUUAUUAGGUGUCAUCCCUGUCCUAGCAGUUAUGUGGUUCUGGUAGACGAUUUAGUAUAGAAUUGU